UGUUGUGGUUGUGAUCUCCCUUCGUCGAGGUAGUCACAACAUUUCCACGUGUAGAAUGUAAAGUAAACUGAGCCUGAAACGUGUGCCCUCUCCUGCAGGGACUCUCAAACUGUGCUGAUGAACAAGGGAACUUCGAGAGGGCCUCAAGUGAACGCCUUGUUAUGGACAAUCGUGGUUACUCGGAACCAGAUGAUGCCGACAGCUCACACUUAUCGCAAGAUUCACAGACGUCAGCUGUUGGCUAUCAUCUCUCGCAAGGGUCAGCAGACGGUGAGACAUCUGCAGCUUGCCCACCAACCACACAUAGUAGACAUUCAGAUAAAAAGAAAAAGAAGAAAUCGAAAAGAGAAAAAUCUUCAGGAUCAAGGCAUACAGAUGGCCUUGGAAACGAUGGUAGUGAAGCCGUGGACUGUGAUGCCAACUCUACAAGCAAACGCAAGAAAAGUUCAAAAACUUCCGUCAAAGGUGAUAAAAGUGAAAAGAAAGUUAAAAAACAAUCAUCAAGAAGGCCAGAACCUGAAGGAGGAAAUCCUUUACAACCUAAUGAUUCCAGUGCACUAGAAUAUGAUCGGAUUAUAAACAGUACUGAUCCUCUGUUUUCUGAUUUGGAACUUGAUGUGUCGGGUGAUGAUUCUACAAAACAGCCCCAGCGGCGGCCGCCACGAUCCUCGAGGCAUUCUCGAGGGGCUCUGUCUGGGGGCAUUUUUAUUCCGUGUACACAACUUGGUAUUAAUUCUAAUACUAUGAUUAAAUUCGCCAUUAUCGGGACCGAACUUCAAAAUAUAUUCCAAGUUUCACAAAGGUUGGAAAGCGAGACUGCUGGACUUCAAAGGCGCAUCCAACUGCUGGAGGAGGACCUUGAGAGAUCAGAGGAGCGUUUGCAGAGUGCCACAGAGAAACUGGAAGAGGCCUCAAAGGCUGCUGACGAGAGUGAAAGGCAGCGACGAUCAGUAGAAAACAAAUGGGUUACUGGUGAUAAGCGACUUGAAGAAGUAGAGACAUGCUACAGACAAGCCACACAGGUAGCUAGUGAAGCAGAGGCUCGGUAUGAUGAGGCUGCCCGUAAGCUCGCCAUCACAGAGGUGGAUCUGGAGCGUGCUGAGGCCCGUCUCGAGGCGGCAGAGGCAAAAGUGAAACAACUAGAGGAGGAAGUCCAUGUGCUAACCAAUAAUCUUAGGUCCUUAGAGCGAUGUGAGGAGAAGGCUUCCCAGAGAGAGGACAGCUACGAGGAGACAAUCCGUGACCUGACACAGAGGCUCAAGGAUGCUGAGAACCGUGCCACUGAAGCAGAGCGCACUGUGUCCAAACUGCAGAAGGAGGUUGACAGAUUGGAAGAUGAUCUAGAGCAGGCACGUGAUCAGAAUACCCAAUUGAGAAUGGAAAUGGAUCAAUGCAUCGGAGAGCUGGAAAAUCUCUAGUGUUCAUGACAGACGAGCUGCUGGCAGAGAAAGAGAGGUACAAGUCAAUUUCGGACGAGCUGGAUUCCACGUUUGCCGAGCUGGCUGGGUACUGAGCCCUGCAUUUGUGCCUGUGUCGACGACGUUGAUUCAAGAGCUUCCUCAUCUCACUCACAUGUUGCAAUUUUUUAUAAUUGUACUUCUUCUAGGCUCAGUCUAUUGCCAGACUCUUACAACAAUUUGGCGAGACUUAAAACUUGGUUCACUCUUUUUUCUUGCUGUGUUAGGUCGUCGAGGUUUGGGGGUUUGUUUGUUUCUUUGGCGCUGAAUAAAGAAACAAAAGUAGACCCGUUUUUUCUGUCAACAUGAUUAAAAUGCAUGAGGCAAAAGUUGAACUAAAUUGUUAUCCACCAAAGAAUUCAGGUAAAGCCUGGAAGGGAAAGGAUUGUACAAAGUUGUUAUUUGCUUGUACCUUCAUAUGUGUACAGAUGUAUCAACAGCUUGACAGCAGCUGGAGGGCUAAAAUAUGCUGAUGUAAAACUGUGACAUCUGCCCUCGUACCAUCUGGGCAUUGUUACUGGAUUGAAGCACUUGGGUCUUUCGCAGCUAAUGAAGCCAGUUGUGUUUGUACAAGACCUUUUAUUUGGCAUGGUUUUCAGCACCAUGUUUUAACCCUCCAUGGACCAGAGUGGUCAAUUAUGUCACAGGGGAAUUUUAUACACACCCACAACUUUUCUAGUACAUUUAUGUGUUUGUUACGAGUCCAUCGCAAAAGUUCAGGAAAAACUAAUGUUCUUAAUCAUGUUGUAUUACAGAGAGUUCGCACGCUUCAAAACCAGGUUGGGGAAUAAUAGAACUACCAGGCUAGUGCUCCAUAUAAUCUUUUGUAUUGGCCUACACCAUUCUCUGCCAGUACCUUAAUCAGUUGUGAAAGAUGAGUAUGUAUGCCAGACUGUCCACAUACGUCCGAGCCCUUUGUAUAAACGGUUGUCAUGAGCAGAUGGAAAAAAAAAUAAGCCAGUCAUGCCUCGUCACAAUUCCAGCUUAAUGACAAGUUCCUCGUCCUGUACCAUAUUCGUACCAUCUGUGGUCGGGAUGUAGUGCACAAGCCUGUCGCAGCCUUUAAGACCCAGACCUGGCCUCUCUUCCUUGCCUUCUCUGCUCUUAAUCUCCAUUCCUCCAUUUCCUCCAUUUUCUAGCUUGCUAAAGUGUUUAAGGUGUUUUUAAAAUUUGCAGCAGGGGAAAAAAGAAAUAGUUUUUAUACCUUGUUUGAUUGUGGGUUCUAACAAAUUGCUGUGAAUCCUUAUGUGUACCUGUAAUAAGCUUGCUGAACAUGAAAGAAGAAAUUGACACAUUCUAAGAGGUCCAACAUACAUCAAGAAGCAACAGUGAUUCCUCUUGUUAUUAACUAUGAAGUUUGUGUAAGGGCUCGAUAGUCCAAGUGUGAUAUCUUUUUCACUUCUCAGUGCGCAUAUUGCUUUUAUUUUAGCGCUGUACAUGUUCAAUGGCAGUCUGAUACACUUUCUUGAUGCCAAUAAAUUGUAUGCAAGUGCAUAAUUCAGAACAGAACACAAUUGUAAUUCUUUCCUUAUUUAUACGUUCUCCUUCAUUAAAAGACUUCUUUCGCUUAAAGAUGCCUGCCAUUUGUUUUGUAGCAUUUUUUACUUUUUUUUUUUUGGUGUUCAAUACGAAGGAAUUCAUGUGUGUCGAGGAGGAAAAGAAUGGAGAAGAUUUAAAAAAUUUUUUUUACUGCUUAUGGUCUCUCAUUUUUCUUUAUUACAAACAUACGGCAUACCUACAUGUUCACAUAUAUUCUCUUAUCUGUGGCUUUACUGAAGUACACUUCAAAAUUCCUGGGCACCAUUAAUGAUUUUAGUAUUAAAAUCAUAUACUCCCUAAAUUUCAAAAA